UUGACGUGGCUGUUAGCCGUGGCAACCUCUGCGGCGGUGGGAUCGGACGACAACCCGGCGUACACGUUGUCCGACUUCGUCUUGCUGAUCAUGAUCACUCCGACCAGGUGGCCGAGGGUCACAAGAAACCUCGCUGGGAUUACUCUGUCCUCGAUUCUCAUGUUUCUUGCUUGGCUAGGAAGAAGAGGUGCGUUCGCUGCCGUCGUAUCUCGUUUGCGUACGUGCUCGGCAGUGUGUGGUGGGCGCCGCAUAAGACAAGUGAAGCUUGCAAGUUCACACACAUAUGAGCGAUGGCGGGGGGCGUGGGAUACCGGGGCGGGCAGGAGAGCGACUGGGUGUAUCGUCUAGGAGAGGACCUCGUGGCCUUCAACAUGGGAGACGAAAAGGAAGGGGGGAAAUGGAAAGAGAGCGCCAAGAACCCGGAGGUGUGGUACAACAAGGUCGAGGACGGGGUGGCAUGGCUCAUGAUGAGGAAAUGGCACAGGCAGGAGGCGGAAGCGUCCGCGAAGCGCCAGUGCUCGAGGGAAGCAGAAGCAGAGAGUACGGUUAUCUCAGGACUCAAGAGAAAGAGAGUCGGGGAAGCGGCGGUGGGGGGGGAAGAAGCGGCGACCGGGCACUGCUGUAGAAGCGAGUAG